UUGUCUAAUCUUCAAAGGGGUUUGUGCUGAAAACAUAGUUUCGUUAUACUUGUUGCAAUGACAAUAAAGUCCUAUCCUCCAUUCAUCCAUUUUUUACCGCUUAUUCCCUUCUGGGUCGCGGGGGGCACUGGAUUAUAUCUCAGCUACAAUCGGGCGGAAGGCAGGGUACACCCUGGACAAGUCACCAUCUCAUCACAGCUUAUCCUAUCCUAUCCUAUCCUAUCCGAUACUUGACCGCCAACUCUACAUGCCCCUUAAGCUGACCAACACGCCGGAUUGUAGUCAGCUGGAGGCGUGUCUUAAUGAAAUUAAACAAUGGAUGUCCGCUAUCUUUUUGCAACUCAACGCUAAUAAAACUGAAAUGCUGAUUAUCGGUCCUGCUAGACACCGACACCUAUUUGAUGAUACCACAACCAACCAAAUACACCAGGCGACUCGGUAAAGACUCUCGGUACUAUCUUCAACCCAACUCUCUCGAUUGAGUCACACAUUAAGAGUGUUACUAAAACGGCUUCCUUUCAUAUCCGUAAUAUCGCUAACAUUUGUCCCCUUUUGUCCACCAGUGACGCUGAGAUCAUUUUUCCUGCGUUCGUUACGUCUCGUCUCGAUUACUGGGGUGUUUACAGCAUGACGAUGCAGACGAAGCCGAAUCGUAGGAUUAUGAAGGACCGUUUUGGUUUGUCUGCUCUGGUUGUCCGUUCUGGCUCUCAAAUUGAUCAUAGAGCCUCUCCAAGAUGUUAUCUAAUUUGCGAUUCAAUUAGAUAACAUCUGCCCACACCCCUGCCCGACCCAUCCAUCACCACGGGCAGCCUUUGGGCUCCUUGAACGUUUGCCAUUGUCUUCCGAAUUUGUGGACAGACCAGAGUAAAGCUCGAUCAGAUCAGCAGAUGGCCUGUUAUUACAGUUCCAAAUAGGUAUGUUCAAUGUAUUUGAUGGAAAUAAAAGGCCAGGCACAGGACUCUCCACUUCUCCCCAAGAGUAUGUACCCAGCAGGACUGUGAGGUCUACCUCAACCUGAGCUUCUGGUGGAGAAAUCCUGUCAGUUGAGUUUGUUACGUCUCGUCUCGAUUACUGGGGUGUUUACAGCAUGACGAUGCAGACGAAGCCGAAUCGUAGGAUUAUGAAGGACCGUUUUGGUUUGUCUGCUCAGGUUGUCCGUUCUGGCUCUCAAAUUGAUCAUAGAGCCUCUCCUAGAUGUUAUCUAAUUCGCGAUUCAAUUGAGAAAUGAUCAAAAGUCUGAGUGCCCACACCUCUGCCCGUCCCAUCCAUCACCACGGGCAGCCUUUGGGUUCUUUGAACGUUUGCCAUUGUCUUCCCAAUUUGUGGACAUACCAGAGUAAAGCUCGAUCAGGUCAGCAGAUUGCCUGUUAUUACAGUUCCAAAUAGGUAUGUUCAAUGUAUUUGAUGGAAAUAAAAGGCCAGGCACAGGACUCUCCACUUCUCCCCAAGAGUAUGUACCCAGCAGGACUGUGAGGUCUACCUCAACCUGAGCUUCUGGUGGAGAAAUCCUGUCAGUUGAGUUGAGAAACCAACUUAUUAAUUCCAUGUUAUAGAUUUUGGAAAAGAAGCUCUUAGAAUACAAUGACAAGACAAAGAGCAAAGCGGAAGAGAUACGGGAGAGGGAGGGGAAGCCUUCGCCUUGGCUGAGAGCCAGAAGUGUGUGAUAUAUAAACAGAAGUCCUAUUUACUGUAGAAUUUGACCAAUAAUUCAAAUGUAUCCUUCUUUUGCAGGCAAGCCUGUUAUGAUCGUCACAGAAUACAUGGAGAAUGGCUCACUGGACAGCUUUUUGAGGAAACACGACGCCCAGUUCACGGGCAUCCAGCUGGUGGGUAUGCUGCGUGGCAUCGCCUCGGGCAUGAAGUACCUGUCGGACAUGGGCUACGUCCACAGAGACCUGGCCGCCCGCAACAUCCUGGUCAACAGCAACCUGGUGUGUAAAGUCUCGGACUUCGGACUGUCCAGGGUCCUGGAGGACGACCCCGAGGCCGCCUACACCACCAGGGGAGGAAAGAUCCCCAUCCGGUGGACGGCUCCGGAGGCCAUUGCUUACAGGAAGUUCACAUCAUCCAGUGAUGCUUGGAGUUACGGCAUCGUGCUGUGGGAAGUCAUGUCGUAUGGUGAACGGCCUUACUGGGAGAUGUCCAAUCAGGAUGUGAUAAAGGCUGUAGAUGAAGGGUAUCGCCUUCCACCGCCCAUGGACUGCCCGGCCACACUUUACCAGCUGAUGUUGGACUGUUGGCAGAAGGAAAGAAACAACCGGCCUAAGUUUGAACAGAUAGUCAGCAUCCUGGAUAAACUUAUACGCAAUCCCGGUAGUCUGAAAAUUACAGCCAACACCACAUCAAGGCCCGCCAACUUGUUGUUGGACAGAAGCAGCUCGGAGGUUCCCCCGAUGGGAACGAUGGGCGACUGGAUGGACGGGAUGAGGACCUUGCCCUGCAACGAGGCCUUCUCCGGGGUCAGCUACAGCUCCUGUGACACGCUGGCCAAGACUUCCACAGAUAGAGUGAUUCUGACAGAGGUCCACGUCACUCCAGCAACUUGCCCGGAGUGGGAGCCGUCCAUGGGGAUCACCACUCUCUAGCCGCCGCUCGCUCUUCUUUCCAUUCCUCGGACUCUGGAUGGGAUUUGAAGAAGGUCGGAGUGACAAUCGCGGGACCACAGAAGAAGAUCGUGAGCAGCCUCAAAGCCCUGGAAUCGCACGCCAAGAACGGCCCGGUACCUGUUUAAAAUGAACGACCAAACGGCGGGAGCGCGCUUCUACGCCGACCGCGUAUCCAUCGUCACGGCGGCUGAGGAGAAAUUAAUCAAACGAGGGCUUUUUUUUUUUUUUUUUACGGGACGAGACAAAGUCCUGGCAGUGAGAAGGGAGAAAGGUCCGACUGAUCCAUGCUGGAGUUGAGAUGCCUUACAGACACAUGCAGGAGCCCAGGACUAGGUUGCUGGACGCCAUCGGGGGACGCUCGCCGGUCCCGGCACGGACAGCCGCCCCCAGCGUGGACCCCUACUGGGUCUUUGUCUGCACAUGAACUCAAUUUUGUCCCGUAGAGCCGUCACAUGAAAGCAAUAAACCUGGUGGUGGUGGUAGCCACGGUGCAGGUACAGGGCGCAAUAACACCUUUCACACUCGACUUUAUACCACGUAUAUGUGCCCUUCCAUGUGGUGUUUGUGUCAGCCCGGAGACCUUUUGUGGGGAACAACGAUCCCAUCGAUAUUUUCUCCGACAAGCGGAAACGUGAGGUGAAGAAAGCAGAGGACCGGAAACUCUUAAAGGGGUCUUAUUAUAAUUGUUUUUCUACAAAAAACAACACCAGUGAAGUCGGCACGCUGUGUAAAGGGUGAAUAAAAAGAGAAUACAACAAAUCCUUUUCAACUUAUAUUCAAUUAAAUAGACUGCAAAGACAAGAUAUUUCAUGUUUACUCUAGAAAACGUAAUUAUGUUCACACUGAGACACUUAUUGUAUUAUCAUUAUCUUGGAAUUUAAUGGCAGCAACACAUUGCAAAAAAGACAUUUUUACCACUGUGUUACAUGGCCUUUCCUUUUAACAACACUCAGUAAAGGUUUGGGAACUGAGGAGACACAUUUUUGAAGUGGAAUUAUUUCCCAUUCUUGCUUGAUGUACAGCUUAAGUUGUUCAACAGGCCGGGGGUCUCCCUUGUGCAUUGUCUUGCUGAAAUAAGCAGGGGCGUCCAUGCUAACGUUGCUUGGAUGGCAACACAUGUUGCUCCAAAAGCUGUAUGUACCUUUCAGCAUUAAUGGCGCCUUCACAGAUGUGUAAGUUACCCAUGUCUUGGGCACUAAUACACCCCCAUACCAUCACACAUGCUGGCUUUUACACUUUGUGCCUAGAACAGUCCAGAGGAUUCUUUUCCUCUUCGAUCCGGAGGACACGACGUCCACAGUUUCCAAAAACAAUUUGAAAUGUGGACUCGUCAGACCACAGAACACUUUUCCACUUUGCAUCAGUCCGUCUUAGAUGAGCUCGGGCCCAGCGAAGCCGGCGGCGUGUCUGGGUGUUGUUGAUAAAUGGGAUUUGCAAAUUAUUGUAUUCUAUUUUUAUUUACCCUUUACACAACAUACCAACUUCACUGGUUUUAGGUUUUGUACAUGUAAAACACUUCUUUGAGGUAUGUAUCAGGGGUUAUUUACCUUUUUGACACCGGGGCCCAAUUUUCCCACUACAAAUAUUAACGCUGAAUUAGUAAUUUUGCUCUUGAUUUGAAUCAGAUUCGAUAAUUAAAUCUAACGUACGUACAGUUUAACAGAACAAAGCUUGUCGCAUGAUAUAAAAGCGUGUGCUAAUCACAAAUAUUUGUAAGACUUAGGUCAGGCUGAUUACAAAAUAUUGUAAAGAAUAAUCCAAUAUGCUGCAAAAGAAGAGAAAACUGAUGAAAAAUAAAAGUAUAUACAAUUAAUUUCUGCUAAAAUACAUACAUUCAAACUAAAUUAAUACGUAAUAAUGUGUCUGUUUUUUAAAGCCCCAAUUAAGUACUUUUAGUUUUGGUGGAGUUUUGCCUGAUUUAAGACCGCGUUGAGGACCAGUGCAUAGCGUGGCAAAUGGUCCGAAACUACUGUCAUGUACAUACAAACUGACACGACAACCACAAUGAUCCAGUAAGACUGAUCUUUCCAUAUUUUACUCCAACUUUAUGUUUGUGGUUUGCAGUCAUCGCAUUUUCUUUCUUUAUGAAGUACUUUUCAGUUUGUUGCCCGGCUGCUCGUAUCAAGCUGGUGGAUAUUUAUUGCUGCCACGCACAUUUCCGAUAGCUAACAUUAGCGUUAUGAAAUGAACCAAAUAUGAGUGAUAUUGUUAUUACAAGCGCUAACGCAGGCGGACUAUUUAUUGUUGACACACUGCUGCUUCUGCUUGGUCUCAAACCUGCUAAAAGUAAAGAGAUUAUAAUUCAUGCAUCUUUACAUGCUAGUAGAAACAAACGUGGCCAUGGACCGACAGGCCGGUCCACUUUCACGUCCCCCGUGAUCGUGAAAAAGAAAUAAAAAGAUGCUAGUUGCAGCAAAUGUUUUAUUAACCCUUCGUGAGGAUUGCGAUUGAAUCUUCAUCUAAACGGAAUUAUGUGAGCGUCCCGUCGGUCGGCAUCCCAGCAAGAGUGAAAAUAUUACAGUUACUUUUUGGUUAGUUUUUAUGUUUAGCAUCUAUCAACACUGCUAAUGCUAUAGUGUCGCAAUAAAGCUACAUCCGUUUAGCACUCGGCUUCUAAAACGUAUUGCUCGUCCUCUUUGUAUUCGGGCUCAAAAAUAUCUGGAUGAUAACUUUCCACAAAGUAAUCGUUGUUGGCUCUCACAGAGUCUGCUUGAUUAGCAUUGUUGUCGAUGGGGAAGGGAUCUGUGGUUCCUCCUCUACGUCUCGCGAUCCUCAUUAACCCUCAAAAUGGCUCGGGAAUCUCCGUGAGAUUGAUACUAUUUUGACCAUAUCUAUUUAUCGGGAAACUUUCAAAGUCAUAAAUCCGACAAAUACGAUAAUACUUCAACAUUGAGACAACUUGUUUUUCCACUCUACUGCCACUUUAAAUUCCAAACAGCUCAUUUUUAAAGCACGUUUGGGAGAAACUUACUGGUCUUGCUUUCACGGUUUGAUUUCUAAUUGUGGGGACUUAUGCAGAUCCCAAAUGAGGUACACACAAGGACAUAAUAGGACCCCUUUAAGAGAAACGCUGGAAAAGAGAAGCCGUGUUUGUCACACCUUUCCUUCAGACAUUUUAUUUCCCAAUGGAUGUUUUUUUGUUGUUGUUGUUUUCCCGCAGGUGUGUUUGUACUUUUUUUUCCAAUUCAGCAUCCACGCACACAAGUCCUAGUCAGUAGGCCGGGACCUCCUCUAUAGGCCGAGAUCAGACAUUACAAACAUAAGCCACGGGUAUACAGUACAGGCCAAAAGUUUGGACACACCUUCUCCUCAUUCAAUGCGUUUUCUUUAUUUCCAUGACUAUUUACAUUGUAGAUUGUCACAUCAAAACUAUGAAUGAACAAACGUGGAGUUAUGUACUUAAUCAAAUAACUGAAAACUUUUUUUAUACUCUAGUUUCUUCAAAAUAGCCACCCUUUGCUCUGAUCACUGCUUGUUACUGUAAAGGAGUGUGUUUGUAUGCCGGACAUCAAACUUCUGGCUGUUUGAAUUCGACCAUAUUAUUUGCCAAGAGAGUUUACGUCUGUAAUCUUCAUCGGCGUGUACAUCCCUCCUUCUGCAGACGAGGCUGCUGCUUGCUCGGCAACAGACCAAACACCCCGAUGCCGUCGUUCUCACUUCGGGUGACUCUAAUCAUGCGUCUUUGGACUCAGUUUUACUUUAAAAUGAACAAUUUCCCUUAUGGAUCAUUAAAGUUGGUCUAAGUCUAAAUGAAAUCAUGCUUUAUAUUCUAUUGUUUUCAAAAUAGCCACCCUUUGCGCCGACUACUUUUUCGCACACUCUUGGCAUUCUCUCCAUGAGCUCCAAGAUGGAGUCACCAGGAAAUGGUUUUCACUUCCCAGGUGUGCUUGAAGCUCAUCGAGAGAAUGCCAGGAGUGUGCAAAGCAGUAGUCAGAACUAAAGGGUGGCUAUUUUGAAGAAACUAGUGUAUACAACUUGUUUUCUGUUAUUUCACCUUUUUCUGUUAAGUGAUCGUGAAAAAGACGCAAGUUGCAGCAACUUCUUUUUUAACCCUUUGUGAGGAUUGUGAUUGAUUCUUCAUCUAAACGGAAUCCCGGUCGGCAUCCCAGUGAGAGUGAAAAUAUUACAGCGCGUGUUUGUUUUAUUAUGGUAUAUUAUGGUUAAUUUGCAUUUUUUUAGCACUUAGCAACAAUGCUAAUUCUAUAGCAGGGGUCACCAACCUUUUUGAAACCAAGGGCUACUUCUUGGGUACUGAUUAAUGCGAAGGGCUACCAGUUUGAUACACACUUAAAUAAAUUGCCAGAAAUAGCCAAUUUGCUCAAUUUACCUUUAACUCUAUGUUAUUAUUAAUGAUUAAUGAUAUUCACACUUAAUUGAACGGUUUAAAAGAGGAGAAAACACGAAAAAAAUGACAAUUGAAUUUUGAAACAUAGUUUAUCUUCAAUUUCGACUCUUUAAAAUUCAAAAUUCAACCGAAAAAAAGAAGAGAAAAACUAGCUAAUUCGAAUCUUUUUGAAAAAAUUUAAAAAAGAAUUUAUGGAACAUCAUUAGUAAUUUUUCCUGAUUAAGAUUAAUUUUAGAAUUUUGAUGACAUGUUUUAAUAGGUUAAAAUACAAUCUGCACUUUGUUAGAAUAUAUAACAAAUUGGACCAAGCUAUAUUUCUAACAAAGAAAAAUCAUUAUUUCUUCUAGAUUUUCCAGAACAAAAAUUUUAAAAGAAACUCAAAAGACUUUGAAAUAAGAUUUAAAUUUGAUUCUACAAAUUUUCUAGAUUUGCUAGAAUAUUUUUUUUGAAUUUUAAUCACAAUAAGUUUGAAGAAAUAUUUCACAAAUAUUAUUCGACGAAAAAACAGAAGCUAAAAUGAAGAAUU